UCUUAAAAUAAUUGCGGAAAUAUUAAAAGGUCAAGGCCGAUAAAUAACAAACCAGCGUGGAAAUUUAAAUUCAGCCGAAAUAAUGGGAGUACCGGCAUUUUUUCGCUGGUUAAGUAAAAAGUAUCCAUCUAUUCUACUCCAUUGUGUAGAAGAAAAGCCAAAAGAAGUUGGAGAUGAAACAAUUCCUGUGGACACGAGUCAACCUAAUCCGAAUGAUUAUGAGUUUGACAAUUUAUACCUGGAUAUGAAUGGUAUUAUCCAUCCAUGUUGUCACCCAGAAGACAAACCAGCUCCAAAGAAUGAAAAUGAGAUGAUGGUUCUGAUUUUUGAAUACAUUGAUAGAAUAUUUUCCAUUGUAAGACCUAGGAAGGUGUUAUACAUGGCAAUAGAUGGAGUUGCACCUAGAGCUAAGAUGAAUCAGCAGAGAUCUAGAAGAUUUAGAGCCUCUAAAGAAAUCACAGAAAAAAUAGAAGAAAUGGCCAGAUUGAGGAGCGAACUUACUCAGAAAGGUUGCGAUUUACCACCAGAGAAAGAAAAAGGAGAACAUUUUGACAGUAACUGUAUAACACCUGGAACACCAUUCAUGUUCAGAUUAGCAGACUGUUUAAGAUAUUACAUUCAUGACAGAAUCAAUACCGAUCCAGGAUGGCAAAAUAUUAAAGUUAUAUUAUCUGAUGCUAAUGUACCAGGAGAAGGGGAACACAAGAUUAUGGACUACAUCAGAAGACAGAGAGAUCAACCUGACCAUGAUCCAAACACAAAACAUUGUUUGAAUGGUGCUGAUGCUGAUCUGAUUAUGUUGGGUUUAGCUACACAUGAGCCUCACUUCACCAUUAUCAGAGAGGAAUUCAAACCAAACAAACCAAGAAGUUGUGAUAUGUGUGGUCAGAUGGGCCAUGAAAUGAAAGAUUGUACAGGUCUACCUAAAGAAAAAGUAGGAGAGCAUGAUGAUGGACCAGUGAUGUUUGACUCAGAACAACAGUUUAUAUUUUUAAGAUUAAAUAUAUUAAGAGAGUAUCUAGAAAAAGAGUUACUGAUGACCAACCUCCCAUUUACAUAUGAUUUUGAGCGAUCUUUAGAUGAUUGGGUUUUUAUGUGUUUUUUUGUGGGUAAUGAUUUCCUUCCUCAUUUACCAUCAUUAGAAAUCAGGGAAAAUGCAAUUGACAGACUUAUAAAAUUAUACAAAAAUUGUGUAAGAAGGACUGGGGGUUAUUUGACAGAUAGUGGAGUAGUAAACUUAAGUCGUGUACAGAUAAUAAUGCAAGAGCUUGGUGAGGUAGAAGAUGAAAUUUUCAAGAAGAGGAGAAAUAAUGAGUUAGAAUUCCAGCGAAGAAAUAAAGAAAGGAAAGCAAGAGAAAAAAGGUUUUCUCAAGGGCCUCGUUGGACACCAGGUGGACAGUUUGCUCCACAGAAAUUAGGCCAAUCUCACAGCUCAUCAGUAUCAAAUCCAAGACAAGAGGCCUACAAGGGUCGUGUGGAUGCCAUGCAGUCAAUGAUGACAAAAGAUGAGCCAGGUAAAGGUACAAAGAGGAGUGCUCCUGACAGUGAGGAUACAGAGAAGACAGAGAAGGAAAAAGAGAAAGAAGAGGAAGAGGAGAAAGAACCCGAUGAUGAAGUCAAGUUAUGGGAAGAUGGAUGGAAGGACAGAUAUUAUAAGUCCAAGUUUGAUGUAGAUAAAGACGACAUAGAAUUCAGACAUAAUGUUGCCAGACAUUAUGUUACAGGUUUAAGUUGGGUUUUAAGAUACUAUUAUCAGGGUUGUGCCUCUUGGAAGUGGUAUUUUCCAUACCAUUAUGCACCAUUUGCAUCAGAUUUUGUAAAUAUCAGUGAUCUACCCAAUGAUUUUGAAAAACAUACAAAUCCAUUUAAUCCAUUGGAACAGUUAAUGGGUGUAUUUCCUGCAGGCAGUAAGAAACAUUUGCCCUUGACCUGGCAGACACUUAUGUUUGAUCCUGAAUCUCCUAUCAUAGACUUUUACCCUACAGACUUUAGGAUCGAUCUGAAUGGGAAGAAGUAUAACUGGCAGGGAGUAGCUUUACUACCAUUUGUAGAUGAGAAGAGAUUACUUAAGGGUUUAGAGACUGUUUAUUCAGACCUGACUCCAGAGGAAGUUUUCAGAAAUGGUAGAGGUAAAGACAGGCUGUUUGUAGGUAAAAGACAUCCAGCUCACUCCUUCUUUGAGGGUCUAUAUGAAGGUGAAAGAUCAGAAGAUGGAGUAGAAGUAAAUCCGUCUUUGACACAUGGUAUGGCAGGACGUGUCUGGUGUGAUGAUAAAGCUUCAAUGUCAGGAGAAACGAUUAAAUCCCCCUUACCACAACCAGAAAUGAAGGAUAUCCUUGAUAACCAGUGUUUAUGUAUUCUGUACAAAGAUCCAGUAUAUGAUGAUGACCAUUUGUUUCCAUCCAAAGUACUCCCUAAUGCUAAAAUGCCAGACAGAGUAUUAAAACCAGAAGAUUUUGAUCAGAGAAAUAGGGGAAAGAGUUGGAUGCCACAGUUAGGUUUCCAGAAACAUAGUGGUUAUAGAGGAGACAGAAAAGACAGUUCAGCAGCCAAUAGAAUGUUGAGAGGAAGUAUGGGACGAGGUAACAACCAAGGAGGCGGAGGUUGGAACAGACAAAGUAUGUACAAAUCUCAUAGUGCUCCCUCGCUUAGGUAUCCAAGAGGAGGUGGCUAUGGUGGCGGUAAUGGUGGUGCUCAAGGUUAUGGAGGCGGAGGUGGUGGAGGCGGCUACAACAGUGGCAAUAACAGAGGAGGAGGUCAAAGAUAUGGAAACCAAGGUAACCAAGGUUGGCAAGGCAACAUGAAAAAUCAAGGAAAUGCAUACAAUAGAAAUCAGCAACAAGGGGGAUACGGAGGCUAUCAAGGAGGAGGAGGAGGUUAUAAUCAAGGGGGAGGGAACUGGGGUGGCAAUCAAGGAGGAGGUUAUAAUCAAGGGGGAGGUAAUUAUGGUGGCAAUCAAGGAGGAGGCAAUUGGAGUGGCAAUCAACAGGGUGGCAGUAACUGGGGAGGCAACCAAAGAGGAGGUAACAGAAACCAACAGCAGCAAAGAGGAGGAGGAGGAGGAGGCAAUUAUAAUAGUAAUAACAGAGGACAAGAUAGAUACAGACCAUACUGAUGUGAUCAUCUAUUAAAAGAACAGAAUAUUGCAUACAUACAUACAUGAAAAUACAAGAGAAAUUAUAAAUUUCCUUUAUUAUAUCAUGAUAUGACAUGUAAUUUUGAAUGUGAAAAUUUUUUCUUGACAUUUAGAGCAUGAAAACAGACAUAGAACAUCUCAAACCAACAACAAGAUAUAUAGUGGUUUAAUUUGAUUUGUCAAAUCUUGUUUUGAGUUUGGUUAUAAUACAAAACAAAUGUAUUACAAUGUAUGUGAAUUUCAAAUUAGUGAAUGAUGUAACAAUACCACACAGAAUAGUAAUAUUUCUGGAUUGCAUUCAAAAGCAUCACUUGAUAAAGAACUGAUUUAAAGUAAACACUUUAGAUUUUUUUUUAAUUUUGCAAUUAUUUAUGUUUGAUUUAUCAACUUUAGUUUAAGAGAACAAUACUGCUAAACUUAAAAAAUAAUUGCAAAGAAGAAUUCAUUUAAUUAAAAUAUAUUUUUAAAGUGUAAAGAAAUGACUUUUGAAUUUGAUACCAAAAAACAAAAAGGUUUUGGAAGCACACAUAUUUUUUUAAAUCCUAAUAUUAACACAUAAGUUCAGAAAACAUACCAAUCAUCAAUUCAUGUCUCAAAGUAAUUAUUUCUUUGAUCUUUAGAAACAGUGAUUACUGAAAUUUGAAUUGUAUAUAUUUUGUAUCAUGUAACUUGAUGAUAUUUUAAUUAAUUUAUAAGAUCAAAACCUUGUAAAUAUCAUGAUGAACAAUUAAAAUUAUUACCAUUAUUCAUA